UCAACAAGAUGAAAUUAUUAGCCUUUACAAAAAUAAACAAUCAGUACCAAAAAUUAGUAGAGUGCUCAAAGUUCAUAGAGCAACUGUUACUUGUACUAUUGCUAAGUAUCUUAAUGGAGAUGACCUUGCUACCUGUCCCUAA